AUGUGGGUCCCCCGGAGCCCGGCCAGCGACCCCGGCCAGCGACCCCAACGUGGGUCCCCGGAGCCCGGCCAGCGACCCUGGCCAGCGACUCCCACGUGGGUCCCCCGGAGCCCGGGCCCAGCGACCCCGGCCAGCGACCCCCACGUGGGUCCCCCGGAGCCCGGGCCCAGCGACCCCGGCCAGCGACCCCCCCGUGGGUCCCCCGGAGCCCGGCCAGCGACCCCGGCCAGCGACCCCCACGUGGGUCCCCCGGAGCCCGGCCAGCGACCCCGGCCAGCGACCCCCACGUGGGUCCCCCGGAGCCCGGGCCCAGCGACCCCGGCCAGCGACCCCCACGUGGGUCCCCCGGAGCCCGGCCAGCGACCCCGGCCAGCGACCCCCACGUGGGUCCCCCGGAGCCCGGCCAGCGACCCCGGCCAGCGACCCCCACGUGGGUCCCCCGGAGCCCGGGCCCAGCGACCCCGGCCAGUGACCCCCACGUGGGUCCCCCGGAGCCCGGCCAGCGACCCCGGCCAGCGACCCCCACGUGGGUCCCCCGGAGCCCGGCCAGCGACCCUGGCCAGCGACCCCCACGUGGGUCCCCUGGAGCCCGGGCCCAGCGACCCCGGCCAGCGACCCCCACGUGGGUCCCCCGGAGCCCGGCCAGCGACCCCGGCCAGCGACCCCCACGUGGGUCCCCCGGAGCCCGGCCAGCGACCCCGGCCAGCGACCCCCACGUGGGUCCCCCGGAGCCCGGCCAGCGACCCCGGCCAGCGACCCCCACGUGGGUCCCCCGGAGCCCGGGCCCAGCGACCCCGGCCAGCGACCCCCACGUGGGUCCCCCGGAGCCCGGGCCCAGCGACCCCGGCCAGCGACCCCCACGUUGGUCCCCCGGAGCCUGGCCAGCGACCCCGGCCAGCGACCCCCACGCCCGGCCAGCGACCCCGGCCAGCGACCCCCACGUGGGUCCCCCGGAGCCCGGGCCCAGCGACCCCGGCCAGCGACCCCCAUGUGGGUCCCCCGGAGCCCGGCCAGCGACCCCGGCCAGCGACCCCCACGUGGGUCCCCCGGAGCCCGGCCAGCGACCCCGGCCAGCGACCCCCACGUGGGUCCCCGGAGCCCGGCCAGCGACCCCGGCCAGCGACCCCCACGUGGGUCCCCCGGAGCCCGGCCAGCGACCCCGGCCAGCGACCCCCACGUGGGUCCCCCGGAGCCCGGCCAGCGACCCCGGCCAGCGACCCCCACGUGGGUCCCCCGGAGCCCGGGCCCAGCGACCCCGGCCAGCGACCCCCACGUGGGUCCCCCGGGGCCCGGCCCAGCGACCCCGGCCAGCGACCCCCACGUGGGUCCCCCGGGGCCCGGCCCAGCGACCCCGGCCAGCGACCCCCACGUGGGUCCCCCGGGGCCCGGCCCAGCACGGUCUCGUCCCUCCCUCCAGCUAUUACGUGA